AUGAACGAGCUUAAUUUUCGCGUCGCGACCGAAGAGGACGCGGCUCAACUCCAGCAGUUAGUGGAAUCUGCGUUCCGCGCUGAGGAUAGCAGAAAAGGCUGGACAGAUGAUCUAGGUCUCUCGUCAAGCUUCCGCCUCGAUGUCCAAGAGAUUUUGGCCUUGAUUACCAAACCGGACAGCGUCAUGCUGAUGGCAACCAAUGAUCAAAAUACGCUCGUCGGCUCGAUCGGGACUUCCAGGCGCGACGCAAACCACGCUCGUCUUUUCAUGCUCGCCAUUGAUACCAGCCAACAGCGCGGCGGCAUUGGGCGACAGGUCUUGGCAUAUGCUGAAGACUAUUGUCAACGGACUUGGGGUGUCACGACGCUUGGAUUAAACGCCCUUUCGAAUCGCCAGCAACUUAUCCUGUGGUAUUCGCGUCGUGGAUACAAACCGACGGGUGAAACAAGCUCCUUUCCUCGCGAGAAGUUCGAGAACCUGGUGUUGCCAGGUGAUCUUUGUUUUGUGGAAUUUGAGAAAGUACUGUGA